AUGGACGAAACGGUACAGUCGAGCAGCCUGCAAAACAAUGAACUGGAUAUGGAGCUCGCUUGCUCCGCGGAACAGGCCGAACAGGAUGAGAAAGCCGCACAAGAAGCCAAGGAAGAUGAAGCCUUAACGGAGCUGGUGAAUGCAGAGGAGUUUCUGGCGUCGGAAGGUGUCCCGCUGCUCGACUACGAAAAGCAGAUGUUUUUCGACCUUUUGCAUACGGAUGCGUUGGUCGUUUGUGCGAAGGGCAUCUCCUAUGAACGGGCGAUGCUGAAUCUGUUGAAAAUCUUCUGCGACACCUCCACGCUUGUGUUGGUCGUGAAUUGUUCGGAAGCGGAGGAACAGUACUACCGUACGAAUCUGGAGCAUGCGGAGCACAUUCACGAGUCGGCAAAAACGGCAGCGGAACGGGAACGGACGUAUCUGCAGGGUGGAAUUCAGUUCAUAAGCACUCGCAUUUUGGUGGUCGAUUUGCUAAAAAACCGCAUCCCAAUCGAGCUGAUAACGGGCAUGUUUGUUGUGCGCGCACAUGAAAUAGUUGAAUCGUGCCAGGAAGCGUUUGCGCUCCGUUUGUAUCGGCAGCGUAACAAGGUGGGCUUUAUUAAGGCGUUCUCUCGCAACGUGGAAGCAUUCACGUACGGGUAUGGGCACGUGGAGAAGGUGAUGCGCAAUCUGUUCGUGAAGGAGCUGUUUAUUUGGCCCCGGUUUCACAUGACCAUCCAGCGGUCGCUGAAACCGUUCGAACCGGCCGUGGUCGAACUGCAGAUACCGAUGACACAGAACAUGAUUCUGCUGCAAACGAAUUUGCUCGAUCUGAUGAACUAUCUCGUGAAGAGCAUUAAGAAUUUGAACCGAUUCGUGGAACUGCAGGAGGUGACGGUGGAGAACUGCGUUACGAAGAAGUUCCACAAGAUACUGCAGGCUCAGCUGGACACGAUCUGGCAUCAGUUAAGCUCGCAAACAAAGUUGAUUGUGGCCGAUUUGAAGGUGUUACGCAGUUUGAUGAUCUCCUGUCUCUAUGGCGAUGCCGUAUCGUUCUACGCGCUUCUUAAGCGGUAUAGAACGACCGAAUACGCGUUAAACAAUUCCGGUUGGACCAUACUGGAAGCAGCGGAAAAGGUGUUUACCAUAGCAAAGGAACGUGUAUUUAAUCGGGAGAAUGAGUUUGAACCGGAACUUUGCCCAAAAUGGAAAGCUCUUUCCGACGUGCUGCGAGUCGACAUACCGAACGACAUCAAGGAAAUAGCACGCAAAAUGCGCAAACAGGAAGAACGACAAAAGUUUAUGCAGCAACAGGUGAAAAUAUUGAUACUCUGUCAGGAUUCGCGGGCCUGCUAUCAGCUGAACCAAUUCCUCACGCAAGGCCCCGAGCGUUACCUGUUCUUUCAAGCGAUGAAGAACGACAUAUCCGUUACGAAGCUGGCGGAACAGUUUAAACACAUCUCAACCGAAACGGACGGUGCAGCUUUUCGGAUACAAGAGUUUGAACCGGUCGCAAGACCGAAACCAACCACUGCGAAUGUAUCAGGCGUACAAAAACAAUCCUCCAGCAAGGAACCGGAAUCGGGAAAGGGUGGAUUUUUACGUGAGCGGAUUGCUAAAAAGCGUCGUGAAGCAGCCGAAGAAGAGGAAGCUCGCAAGCGGAAGGAAAUAGAGGAAGAGGAAGCAAAGGAACGGGGUGAAGGUGAUGAGAGUGGUGUUAAAAAAUCGGACAUGGAACGAGAUUUGGCCGCGGUGCGUACGGAUGAACAGGACCAUCAGCAAUACUUCCGCGACUCGUAUGUACUGACAAUGUCCCAGCGUCCUCUUGUGGCGGACGAGCCGGACAGCGAUCAGUCACAGUUCGACGUCACCAUGCUGGAGAGUGGGGUGUUUGAAUCGUUUGUCGAGAUGGAACAGAUGGACAUAACGAGCGUGGUGAAGGAAUCGAACCGCCCGCUGGUGUUUAUACAGACGUUUAAAAGCGAAACGAGCGGGCUGGGAUCGUUGGAUCGUACGCUGGAACAGAUACGGCCACGCUAUAUUGUGAUGUAUCACACGAACGUUACCGCCAUCCGGCAGAUUGAGGUGUACGAGGCGCGGCAACAGCGGCAGCUGAUGGCCCGCGUGAGGGUGUUUGCUAUCAUUUACUCGAAAACGGUCGAAGAACAAUCGUAUCUGACCUCGUUACGGCGCGAGAAGCAAGCGUUCGAACUGCUGAUCGAAACGAAACGGACAAUGGUUGUUCCGGAGUAUCAGGAUGGCAAAUCGGAGGACACGAUCAUGAUGUUGCAGAAGAAGCAGGAAAUCUCUAGCCGACAGGCCGGUGGUCAGGAGGUUAAAGAUCCGGCAGAAAUUGUAACACCGCGCGUGAUCGUAGACAUGCGUGAGUUCCGAUCGGAUUUGCCCUGUUUGAUUCAUAGGAGAGGCAUCGAUGUUGUGCCACUGACCAUCACGAUUGGAGAUUACAUCAUCACACCGGAAAUUUGCGUGGAACGUAAAUCAAUUUCCGAUCUGAUCGGUUCACUCAACUCGGGCCGGCUCUACAAUCAGUGUGUGCAGAUGACACGUUACUACGCGAAACCGAUUCUGCUGAUCGAGUUCGAUCAAAACAAACCGUUCCACUUUCAGCGCUACUUUAUGGUAUCGAACGCUAGCGGUGCGGGAACGUCAUCCGGUGGUGGUUCUUCCUCCAACGAGGACAUUAUGGCUAAGCUGCAACUGCUUACCAUACACUUUCCCAAACUGCGGCUCGUUUGGUCACCGAGCCCCUACUCGACCGCGCAACUGUUCGAGGAGCUAAAGCAGGGCAAAGCGGAACCCGAUCCGGAUGUUGCCGUCAAGGUCGGUUCGGACGAGGCGGCAAACAACGAUGAGUACGAAACGCUGGACGGGUUGGCGAAUGUGGAGGUGCAAGAAUUUUUGUUAAAAUUGCCCGGCAUCACGGCCCGGAACGUGCGUCGUGUUAUGCGCCAGUGCACGAGCUUGCGCGAUUUGACGCAGAAGACUGAGGCUGAGCUGGAGGAGCUGUUGGGUGGGCAGGCGUUGGGGAAGCAGCUGUGGGAGAUACUGCACGUGGUGCACAAACCGGCCAAGCCGGAUUCAAAUGAUAAACCGUAUGGAGGGAAGUUUAAGCGUGGCGGGAAGCGGUUUUGA